GGAGCGAAAAAAGCGCGUUGUAGAGAGAGAGAGAGCCCGCUGGAGAGAGAGAGUGGGGGGACUUCUUUUCCACAGAUAAUCAUCAUUUGUAUGUCUAUAAAGUAGAUAUGAUAUAUGUAUAUAUGAACACAAUUAUAGGCGAUAAAGAGUUUCUUUUGCAACUGGUUGAGUUCAGUCUCCUGGGGCUGAUCUGAUAUUUUGAAGAGGUUUGUUCCCUGCUAAUGUUCUCGAAGCUAUACUGUGAUAGAUAUCACAAGCACAGACCAAAUGCCAUCACUAAAAAUGAAAACCAAGUCGGCCACUGGGUGUUUAAGAGAAAGAGAUGGCCUCCGCGUAUGCCGAAAGUCAAGCAUGAUAACUAAGAGUCCUCUCUCUCAAGCCAGAAUUUCUCAAAAUACAGAAGAAGUUGAGACUGUGGUUGAUACUUGUCGGGAUGUUUCUUCGUGCGACAAAGUAUAUUCUCAGGACAUUAGAGGGGAUGAAGCCAAUCAUAAUGAGGUGCACAAUGGAAACAGUCAUUUUCCGAAGCAAGAAUCAACUACUGGUGAUUUUGCAACUGAUGGAUGCACGGAAUCCACAACAUCCACUUGCUCCUCAAGCUUAGAGACUAUUUUCUCUCCUAUAUUGGAGGCCAUGAAUUUCCAUUGGGGUAAAGGAAGUGACAAUCUCUGUGUGCCACUCUUGGAUGUGGAAAACAGUGACGAUAGCAGCAGAAGGUCUUCUGAGCAUCAAGAUUGCAAUGUAUCGGAUUUCUACAUCUCUGACAUGAUUUUUUCUGGAUUGCCCAUUGAAAGAAACUUGUCCUUUGAUAAUAAUGUAGAUUCUAUGUUCUUACCUGAUUACAAAUGUGAAGAGUCAAAUAUAUUUUGUGAUUUGGCUGAGGACUACAUGGUAUUGCCUCUUCUUGAGGAUACUUUGGAAACUAGAUAUGAUCACGGUGGCAAAGCAUCUGGAGAAAUCAUCAGCAAUGCCAAUGAUUCAAGCUUAUAUUUGGCAAUUCAUCAACUGAGAUCCUCCAACCAAGAUACUGACAUUAAUAUCUAUCCCAACUCCGACCAAGCAGAUUCUUUCGAUCCACAGAUUUAUAUCAGAAAUCUCCCUGACCAGCUGGAUGCAAUAUCGACAUUGCCGCAUGCCAAUAUUCUAAAAGAAAAGCAAAAAACUAAACAGAUCACAUUAGUUCUCGACUUGGAUGAAACACUCGUGCAUUCUACACUUGAAUUCUGUAGUAAUGCAGACUUCACAUUUCCUGUUUUCUUUAACAUGAAAGAGCAUAUUGUGUAUGUGAAACAAAGACCUUACCUUCAGAUGUUUUUGGAAAGAGUUGCUGAGAUGUUUGAGACAGUAGUGUUCACUGCUAGUCAAAGCAUCUAUGCAAAACAACUUCUAGACAUUCUGGAUCCAGACGGAAAGCUUAUUUCAAGACGAGCAUAUCGUGAAUCAUGCAUAUUUGCAGAAGGAAAUUACAUGAAAGACUUAACAGUUUUGGGUGUUGAUCUUGCAAAAGUUGCCAUUAUUGAUAAUUCUCCACAGGUUUUCAGGUUGCAAGUGAAUAAUGGCAUUCCUAUUAAGAGUUGGUUCGACGACCCAGGAGACACUGCACUUAUUUCACUACUUCCAUUCUUGGAGACUUUGGUUGAUGCUAAUGAUGUUCGGCCCAUAAUUGCUAGGAAAUUCGGUAACAAGGAAUAAGAGCUCCUUGUCUCUCCUUAGUAUUUCUUCAAUUGCUCCUUUCGUCUUCAUGUCAUUUUAAGCAAAACCAUCGCUGAUUUUAGAUGCUCAUUAUUUAUACCUCCUCGAUCCUUGAUAUAAUUGUCUAUACAAUAAAAUGGCAUCACCUUGUUGAGUCCACUUUUAUUGCUAGUUUCUUUUUGUUAUCCUGUCUUUCUGAGAAUCUUGUUAGUUGUUUAGGCUAGCAGAAGGUAUUGAACAAGAGGUUCUUUCGGUUUGCAUUGUACAGCCGUAGAUGCUCAGUUGUUUCCUGUAUGGUUCGACUUUUGUGGAAUAAAUUGUGAUUUUAUUUGUGUUUA